AUGGGAAUGUGUUAAACAAAAAAAAUGACAGAUGUUCAUCAGCCUAAAAUGCUCGACAUCUCAUAAAAUGCAAGCCAGGUAUUGUAGGAUUAAUAUCCCAUGCCCAAACCCAAGUUGAGUAUGGGAUUUCCUUGCGUUAUAAAAUCCUUUGAAUAGAUUCAAAUCAUAGAAGUAACUGAAUCGAUGGCUUAUAAUUUUAUUGUUAGAUUAGGUGUAAAUCAGCAGAAGUAAGUGUAAAAAGAUUUGGAUUAUCAGGGUGUUUUCCUGUUCUCUGAAAAAGCCAAAACUAAUUUUUUUGAAUAUGGAUUCACUCCAAUAGAUGUUAGCAGACCUAAUAAAAUAAUUGAAGAUAAAAAAUAAUACAAAUUCUUAUUUGAUUUCAAAAACUUAUGGGCAUUCAGAGAUUACGGCGAGAAAAUAGAAUCGGUCUUAAAUGUUUUCAAGGAAAUUAAUGUGAAGGUCAAAUAAGUGUAUAUUUUAACAAAACCUCUUAACACUUUCAUGGACCAAUAUUAGAUGCUGAGUGAGAUCAACAUCUUGAAUAGUUAUUAUCCAUUAUUGAUAUUUGAUUACAAGGAUGUCUCAGAUGCUACAAAGCGUGGAGAUGAUACCUUCAGAAUUUAUUUGCAUAGUGAAGAUGCCUUUGAAAUACUGAUGAAAAAGAACUAAAUCAGUCUCUACAAUAGAAAUCUGUAAAUCAGAAAUCUCAUAUUUCUCUAUCAAUGUGUCAAUUUUAGUGGAAUUAAAAAAUUGGAAGAAAGCCUAUACAAAGUAAGCUGCUACAGUCUAAUACAAUAACCUUCUGGAUCAUUAAAUACUCAUCAAUUGGUUAAGGAAUUGAUACCUUACUUGUAGAAUUUAUAAUCAAUGGGCAGCAAUGUUGUGUUGAUUUAUUCAAGUAGAGAACCGCAAGGAUUGAAAAGUGCUAGGUUUACUAUUGAAUAAUAUAUGGCAAGAGGAUUGCUAAUUCAUCCCGAAGACAUCCAAAAAUAUAAUGAUUAAUUAAGAUCGCUCUACAUAAAACCGGAAUAAUUAACCUAGCAAUUACAAAAGCAAGACACUGGUAGAUAAAAGUAAUAAUAGGAAGUUAUACAACUGAGUAGAGAAUAAGAAAUAAUCAAUCUUUAUGAUAGUUGGUUGAAAAAGAUUAAAUCCUAAUAAUUACUAUAAAGUUCCCACAACCUAUUUUUAAAGUUAAUCACUAACAUUAUUGAAAACUCUAGCGAUGAAAAAUUCAGAACUAUUCAAAAAUCAAAUAAAACUGUCAAUCUUAAUAUACUAUAAUAUGAGGAAGGAAGAUAAAUUUUAUAAUUAAUAGGUUUUAGAGAAGGUGAAACUGAUUACAAAAACAUAUUUGAAGUCGGCUAAAUAAAAAUGGCUAGAGCCGAUAUUGAAAUUGCAUGGAAAAAACAACUAGAAAAAUCUUUAAAAUGA